AAACCGCUACUUCAAGUAGCGGUUUUCUAGCAGGUAUAAUUUCCCGAUUUCACUUUCCUCUUUCAUUUUCGUCUUCUCACCAAAAUCCCAUCCACGCCUUCCACCAAAAUCACACCUCCUUCAACGGAAGUCGGCGCAGCCAAGGAAUCCACCGACGCCGCCGGAGCAUUCCUCAGCAACGAAGGCCGCCGCUGUUGACGCCGAGGGUUCGACUUUAGUGGUCGGCUUCGCUAAUUUCAGAAGAAACGUGCUGAUCUUCUUGUUUGUGAAUGAAACAUGGAGGUUCCGAACUACCCUCUAUAUUGCUAUUGGGGUGGAGAAAUUGUCCACAAAGAUAGCGAUAUAACGUAUAGGGGUGGGAAUCAAAAAUUUGUGUUUGUACAUUCUGCGAUGACAUAUUCACAAGUUCUGAACAAGCUAUAUGAAGAAUUGAGUGUUGAUCCUAGAGGUGUGGAGUUGAAGGUGGUUAUGCGUUAUCCUAUGGCUGGGGCAUAUGUUGCAAUUCCGUUAAAUGACGACAACGCUGUUAGAGCUAUGUGGAUUGCUGUGACUCAGAGUUCUUCUGUUGCAAUGCAAUUGUUCAUUGAACAAGUUCCAAAGGAGCCAGUUGUGCAAACUAACACUGGUUCCUUUCCGGGGAUGGAUUUUUUUGGUAGUGUGGAUCAACCGUUUUCCACUGGUGUUCAAAGUGUGGGCAUAGGGUCAUUCACAAGAAUGCUUGUUGAUCCACAUUAUGUCAAUGACCAUCUCUCACAGUUUAGGUCUCCGGCCUCAUCGCCUAAUGUUGGAACCUCGACAAGCACACAACCACAAGGCAUUCUUGAUUCUCUUGACCCAAACAAUGUUGAUGUAUUUGGCGAUGCAGAGAUGAAUGACACUGAUGAAGAUGAUGAUGAAGAGGUAAUUGAAGCUCGUGAUAAGGCAAUUAAAGGAAGCGCCCCCACUUCAGACUUCAAUGAAGUGGCGCAAGUUGAUCCUCGUUUGAAUAACUCAUGGAUGUCUUGGUUAGGAAAUGAGACAUAUAACAAUGGGGGAGAAUUUGAGGUUGGUCAGCAGUUUGACUCAUUGCAACAACUGAAAGAUGCUGUGAAAUCUUACUCCAUAGCUAGAAAUCAAACAAUUCGAGUUGUGGAGGCAGAGCCAGAGAAAUAUGUUGUUGAGUGCAAGAGGAAAGAACAAUGUAGUUGUUCGUGGAGGCUUAGAGGAGUGAAAGAUCCAACACUCUCUACGUUUAAAAUUGUGAGGUACAACGGCCCUCAUGCAAGUAACUGUGUUGGUGACAUCGACUCGGGAGAUCAUAAGCUACUGACUUCCGAGUUUGUUUGCAAUGCUCUUCUAGAUGUCAUUCGCGUUGAUCCUUCAUUGAAAAUCAAGACAAUGGUGCAACUUGUGAAAGAGAAAUUUGAUGGAUUCCAAAUAACCUACAAGAGAGCAUGGCUAGCGAAACAAAAGGCAAUAAAACUCAUUUAUGGGGAUUGGGAGGGUUCAUAUGAACAGUUGCCUAAGUACAUGCAAGCUCUCAAGGAAUCAAAUCCUGGAACUGUUGUUGAGUGGAGGUUGUUAGAGUGUACGGUUCCUGGAACACAUGUUUUUCAACGAGUCUUUUGGGCAUUCAAGCCAUGUAUUGAUGGAUUCCGUCACUGCAGACCCCUUAUCACCAUUGAUGGCACUCAUUUAUAUGGCAAAUACAAAGGCACUCUACUCAUUGCUAUGGGAACGGAUGCCAAUUUUCAACUAUUCCCCCUUGCUUUUGCGGUUGUCGAAGGAGAGAACAAUGAUAGUUGGUCUUGGUUCAUGGCUUGUAUUCGUGCUCGAGUUACAGAUAGGAAAGGGCUAUGUGUGAUAUCUGACAGACAUGCUGGUAUUUUAGCAGCAAUGGAAGAAGUUGGAAGUGGUUGGGAGGAGCCCAAUGCCUACCACAAGUACUGUAUACGACACUUGGCUUCUAAUGUGAACUCAAAAUUUAAAAGUGUCGUCAAAAUUUACGCUUGCAGACUUCCCAUAGGAGCCACGAUGUUUGGAGUGGCGUAGCUGA